AUGGCAAGCAAUCUUCCCAAAUACCGGGACCUCCCGCGAGAUCCAUCACGGUCUCCCCGCUUCGCCUGGGGAAUCUGGGGCCCGUCAGACCAGCUGGGCUGCUUGAAUCUCUUAACGUCCGAACGGCGGGUAGCUGCAGCUCGCGAGGUCCGAGAGGGACUCAGUUUUGGCUUGAAUUGGGGCUUGGACCAGAUGAGAGUUCCCCCCUGGUAUCGGACGGUGUUGCGGCAUGAGAUCUUCUCUAUUGCGCCAAAUUGUAAUGAUGAUAGACUGGAGUUUAACACACAGACCAGUACGCAGUGGGAUGGAUUCAGGCAUUGGGCAUUUCCUGAUGGCCGAUUCUACAACGGCUUUAGCAUAGAUCAGUUGCAGGAUAAGAAUAACAAGACGAACGGCAUUCAUGAAUGGGCCAAGCAAGGAAUCGUCGGCCGGGGCGUUCUCAUCGACUACGUCCGCUACUCAAAACAGCACAACCUGGAAUAUGACCCGUGA